CUUACUUUGUAUUAAAUCUAACGAUCGAAUAAAUACUGAGAGAAUGUUUACCUUGCGACAUUGUAUUAUGUCAAGGAGACAGUUUUUUAAAUUAUUUUGUAUAAAUGGUUUAUGCAAAUGGGAAUAGCUUAUACACAUAAUUUGGCUAUGGAGAAACAAAUCCUGACAAAACAAAAUGUACAGCCAGUUAACAAAUUUGUUUCAAGGACCCAUACAUGUGGUGAACUGAAUAUUCAAAAUGUAGGUGAUAAUGUUCAUUUGUAUGGCUGGCUGGAAUUUCAAAGAUUGAACAAAUUUAUAACACUAAGAGAUGCUUAUGGUUCUACACAACUUAUGGUACCAGAUAAUAGAAACGAUUUGAAGGAUAUGAUUAAAAUUCUAUCUUUUGAAAGUAUACUACAUAUAAUCGGUACAGUAUUUGAAAGACCAAAGGAACAGAAAAAUAGCAAAAUGAAAACUGGGGAAAUUGAGGUGCAUAUAGAAUCCUUGAAAAUUCUGAAUCAAGCGAAACCAAAUCUUCCAAUAUUUAUCAGAGAAUUUAAUAAAGCAACAGAGAGUAACCAAAUGAAGUACAGAUAUCUAUCUUUGAGAUAUCCUGAGUUGCAAAGAAAUCUAAGAUUACGUUCUGAAGUAAUAGCAAAGAUGAGAGAAUACUUAAUUAAAGAAUGCAAUUUUGUGGACAUAGAAACACCAACAUUAUUUAAAAGUACUCCUGGUGGAGCUCAAGAAUUUGUUGUACCAACACAGCAUCCAGGACAGUUUUAUUCUCUGGUACAGAGUCCUCAACAAUUUAAACAAUUACUGAUGGUUGGCGGCUUUGAUAGAUAUUUUCAGGUUGCCAGGUGUUAUAGGGAUGAAACUGCCAGGCAUGAUAGACAACCUGAAUUUACACAGUUGGAUAUAGAAAUGUCAUUUGUUGAUUGCGAGGGAAUCAUGGAAUUAAUUGAAAAUUUAUUAGUGUAUUCUUGGCCUGAAGAAUCAGAACCCAUAACGAGUCCUUUUAAACGUCUCAAAUUUGACGAAGCAAUGGAACUAUAUGGUUCAGAUAAACCAGACUUAAGGAUACCAUAUCAACUUCACAGACUCACAGAUAUAGUCGAUUUUUCUGCAAUAAAAGAAUGCUUACAAACGAAGUGUAACGAUUUUGAGAUUUAUGCUUUAGUGUUUCCCAAUCAGCAUGUAUGUUUACAAAAAAAUUAUGCAUCAUCUGUAGUAUUACUUCAAUUAAAAGUGUGCCAUAAGUCAUCAGCAAUAGAAUCAAAUAAAAUUUACUCAAUUUUAAAAAGAGAUCUAGAACAGAAACUAAAUUUAAAGGACGGAGAUGUUCUGUUUCUAGCUUGUGGUCAGAAGAUUCUCGCACAAUCACUCUUGGGAAGGGUGCGUGUUGAAUUCACAGAUCUAUUAGAAAGCAAAGCACAAACUAUUCGAACACCCGGUAAUGAAAUGUUAUGGGUCACUGAUUUUCCGUUGUUUUCAUUUAAUUCUAAUAACAAUGAGUUGGAAACUAUGCACCAUCCGUUCACACAACCUCAUCCGGACGAUAUUCAAUAUUUUACUGAAAAUCCAAAAAAGGUAAGAGGAUUACAUUAUGAUUUGGUUAUGAACGGCUCUGAAAUUGCAGGAGGAUCAAUACGAAUUCAUAAUUCAAAUUUGCAAAAACAAAUAUUGACGAUGUUAAAUAUAGACGCAUCACAUUUAGUACAUAUGCUUGAUGCCUUAGAGUCUGGUGCUCCGCCACAUGGUGGAAUUGCUUUAGGGCUGGAUCGUUUGAUGUCUUUGCUGUGUAAAACAGAAAGUAUAAGGAGCGUAAUAGCAUUUCCGAAAACUACGGACGGUCGAGAUAUGAUGUCGGGAGCGCCAACAGCACUUUCUGAUAAGGAGAAGGCAUUAUAUCGUAUACAAACAAUAGAAGAAUAA